UUUGCACGCGUAUAUCUAAUGCUGUUUGAAUCGUAGAUAUAAUUUCCAAGAGAGUAUAAUUUGAAUGUGUGAGAUGACAAAGUCAAUUUAAAUUGACCGGUGCGAAAUAUAUGUCAUCUACGAAAAAGCCGUCCAUGUAUUGGACUCUGUAUUUCACAAUUAAGUGUUUCAAAUGCUACUAGCAUUCGCGCGCAAUUUUCACAUUGACGUCAAUGUCGACGUAUAUCGCGCGAAAACGUGGUCUCGCCACUGCUGUCACGAUAUUCGCUUGAAUAUUCACAGAAAGCGCGAACCUAUGAGCUCGUAUAGAGCUUCCCUCUCCCUUGUUUGCUACGUUUAUACUGGGCAGCUCUCUCCGGACUGCUCCCAACUUAGUUACUCAUCAGCCGUGUGUUAGAGAAGAUUGUCGUGCAUCUCAGAGUCAAAUUGGCAUACCGUGCAUUGCGUAUUCAUGUUUUGUUGCUGAACAUUCGAUUCAGCGAUUAGUUAACUUACAUCAAGUUAAUAUAUUGUAUAUUAAUAAAACAGUGUGAAAAUGUGCGUUCUCACGAUAAAGACAGAAAUUUAAGAAAAGAUUCCUGUACGUUCGAGCACACAUCUGUACUCGAGUAAUUUAGAACGAAGUUUGAAUUUACGCGCGCACUCGCUCAUUUCACUGUCACUGUUUGCCGCGUUUCGUUCGUCGCAGUUGGCAGGACUGUUCGGAAAAUUUGGAAGUGAACAGGUGUUUUUUGAAUGGAUUAGGGAGAAUAGGCGUACGGAGGACGCGGAAGGAUUCGCGUACGGUGAACGAUCCGCCGGGGACUCACGGCAGCCGCUCCGGAUGAUCGAUCGCACGGAGGAUGCACGCGGGUACGCGGUUGCUCAUGGCGCCCAAGCGAAAAUGAGGAGGUAAAAAACUCGGGACGGCACUUGGAUGAGCAUUAGAAGAUGAAGAUAUAACCGACGUCAACGGCGUCAGUGCUUUGGUUAUCCCGUUCGCGUGAGUCGAAUUCGGAGCUUUUAAAUAUGCCACACCAGUUUGGACUGCCCACGAUGGCGCAUGGCAUGCAAUCCCCGCCUUCGCCGACCUCGGUCAUGUCUGUGUAUCCGCGCUUCGGCUCCGGUAUUUACAGGCCCGAUCAUCAGGACCAGCGGUUGACCCGCGAGGCGAUGGAGCGUUACCUGCGCGACCGCAGCGACAUGGUGAUUGUGAUCCUGCACGCCAAGGUCGCGCAAAAGUCGUACGGCAACGAAAAGCGAUUCUUCUGUCCGCCGCCGUGCAUCUACCUCUUCGGCGACGGCUGGCGGAUGCGUCAGGAACAGAUGCUGCGCGAGGGCGAGAGCGAGCAGAGCGCUCAACUGUGCGCUUUCAUCGGCAUCGGCAACUCGGAUCAGGACAUGCAGCAGCUGGACCUGAAUAACGGCAAGCAAUACUGCGCGGCCAAGACUCUCUAUAUCUCCGACUCGGACAAACGCAAGCACUUUAUGCUCUCCGUCAAGAUGUUCUACGGCAGCGGCCACGACAUCGGCGUGUUUCACAGCAAGCGUAUCAAGGUGAUCUCGAAGCCGUCCAAGAAGAAACAGUCCUUGAAGAACGCGGAUCUGUGCAUCGCCAGCGGCACGAAAGUGGCGCUCUUCAAUCGACUGCGCUCGCAGACGGUCAGUACGCGCUACCUCCACGUAGAGAACGGCAAUUUUCACGCGAGCUCGACGCAAUGGGGCGCCUUCACCAUUCAUCUCCUCGACGACAACGAGAGCGAGUCGGAGGAAUUUCAAGUGCGUGACGGCUACGUGCACUACGGCAGCACCGUGAAGCUGGUGUGCUCCGUCACGGGGAUGGCGCUACCGCGGUUGGUCAUCCGUAAAGUGGACAAACAGAUGGCCAGUCUCGAGGCGGACGAUCCCGUCUCGCAGUUGCACAAGUGCGCCUUCUACAUGAAGGACACGGAUCACAUGUACCUGUGCCUGUCGCAGGAACGUAUAAUACAAUUUCAGGCUACGCCCUGUCCGAAGGAGGCCAACAAGGAGAUGAUCAAUGACGGCGCCUGCUGGACGAUCAUCAGCACCGACAAGGCCGAGUAUCAGUUCUUCGAAGGCAUGGGUCCGGUACGAUCACCGGUGACACCUGUGCCGCUAGUCCACAGUCUGCAUCUCAAUGGCGGCGGCGAUGUGGCGAUGCUCGAGCUGACAGGCGACAAUUUUACGCCGAACCUGCAAGUCUGGUUUGGCGACGUAGAGGCCGAGACGAUGUACAGGUGCCAGGAGAGUAUGCUCUGCGUUGUGCCCGACAUUUCGCUGUUCCGCGGCGAGUGGCUGUGGGUGCGACAGCCGACGCAGGUGCCGGUUUCCCUCGUGCGCAACGACGGCAUCAUCUACGCGACUGGAUUGACCUUCACGUAUACGCCCGAGCCGGGGCCGCGUCCGCACUGUCCGCCAGCUGACGAGAUUAUGCGGGCGCCGCGUGCUAUGCACAAUCAGGCCAGCAUACCGUCCGCUGCCAUGUCCGCCGACGUGCCGUGGAAUACUCACGGACAACCGCCACAGUCGGGUCUCUGAUGUCUUCUAGAUAAUCGUCAUAAUGCGAACCAAAGUCUACGAUGUAGUAGUGAUACGGACGGUGUUACACCAACCGUAGUGUCUCCCAACAACGACGACGACGACGAUGACGACGACGAUGACGACGAUGACGACGACGACGACGAUAACGAUGAGGACGACGACGACGGCGGCGACGGUAGUGAGAGCGGCGGUGACUGCUCGUAUCUGGCGAAAGACUUGUUACUCCAAGUUGAUGGUAGUAGCGCGGCGCAGAACUUAGACAAUACGAAGACGUAGCGUUUCGCUCAAUGCGCUCAUGCUGCGCGACGCGGCGCGUUGAAUUCCGCGCGCUGAAAAUUGUAGGCUAACUUGUAAGUUGUUGAUAAAGAUCUACAGAGAUAAUAAUUUAUAUAGCAAUCUUAGGUUUAACGGAUUACGUGAGUGUGUAUAGACCGAGUAUACGGAUAGAAUUUUCGAGAAAAAGUUUGAAAACGAGAUUACAAGGUACUCGAUUCAUGCGAUAAAAUUGAUUUGUCACUUGUAUACGUCGAAAUACGUUUCGACGCUGAAAUUUGAUUGUCGCGUCUCUUAAGGAAAAGUAUCAAAAGAGUAUAAAUUAGUAAUGAGGGUAACACAGUUUUAGUCCACAUUUGCAUAUCGGUCAGUCCGAACGAUGGUUGUGCUUUUAACACUACAUUUGUUACGAGAGGAAUUACCGCUACGCUCGAAACUCGGUAUAACCAGUCCUGAAAUAACGAAUUUGCUUUGUCGUCACUAAUUAUAACACGAAUUCCAAAUCGUUGGAACAUACGUUGGAAAUUUUCUAUUCAACUCAAUGUAGAAAGAAGUUUUAGAGAGGAAGAGAAAACGGAUUUAUGCGAGAAUUAUACUCAAGUUCGAGCGUCGCUUUGUGUGAAUGGUCCAUCGUGUACAAAGUAGAAUAGGAAGAGGGAUACGCAAUGUAUUUUUGAGCCUGCGCGCAACGUACUCGACAUUUGGUACAUUUGUAAAUUCUCAUAAGCGCGCGGUGUCGAUAAACUUUUCAUUAUUUAUUAGGAGAUGCGUGUGGUAAGUGAAUGUGUGUCGCGCGAAUUUGCUGAUCACAAAAACAUCAUGUAAGAGAGGCCAGAGGCUCACGGUAGAAUUGAUAUACAGUGUUCUUUCCUCUUUUCUAUAUUUCAAAAAGAUGAUUUUCGCGUCAAGUUUGAUUUAGAAGCAACACACUGAUUUUCUCCUAACAAUAUGCAUACGUGUUAUUUUGUGUAUAUAAUGUCACGCGUCUACAUGUACAGCACUUGUAAUUACAAUUUAAGUGGAGCCCGGUGUGUAAUAAUUGCGUUAGAUAUCUUCAAAGUACACACGUGAGAUUAAUUUUCGUUUCACCACCUCGUAACCCUCGUGAAUACAAUAUAGGGAAAUUUAUAAAAAUAAUAUUAAUAUAUAAAUUUAUUAUCA